AUGCCUGAUAUUCGCUCUUUCUUUACACCCAAAGGCGGCGCGGUCGCGGCCCCCGUGAAAGCUGAGCCACCCAGCCAGAAACCCGACAGCAAGCGGAGAAAAGUUGUUCGCAAUGUUGUUGAAGACAGUGAUGAUGACGAGAUCGUCGAAACGAAGCCUGCUGUGAAGCCUACACCGAAGCCCAAGAAGAAAAAAGCCGAAGAUGACGGCGUUGAAAUUUCGACAAGCGACUACUUCACAUCCAACAAGGCACCAAAGUCGAAGCAGGCUACACCCAAGAAAUCUGCCGCUGCUGCAACCAAAUCCGAUGCCCCAGUCAGAAGCAGUCCACGAUCAAAAGUGAAUGGGGCAAAAACGACAGCACCAGCAACAACACAAGCCAAUGAGAAACAAGCGCCGAAGCGAACAGCCAGACCUUCUUACCGGGGAACACGAGACGAUGACGACGAUGCAUACAUGGAAGAUGCCGAUGAGGAUGGCAAUGACAUAUUCGCCGCCGCCAUCAAGGGCAACGGCAAGGGAGAUGACGACUACAAAGAGGACUCUGAUGAAGACAUGCCUGUUAAGGCGUCACGGGUGGUAUCGAAAGGGAAACCUGCCCCUGAGACGAAGUCCCCCCGCGCUGCUCCAGCGAGCAAGAAGCGGAAGACCCCAGAGCCAGACUCUGAUGAGGAAGAAGAAGAAGUGCUUCCGCGAAAGAAGCCAGCGGCUUCGAAGCCCCGUGCACCUCGGGCCAAGAAGGCUGAUGCGUCCGAAGACGCUUCCAUCCAAAAAAUCCUCGACAGUGUCGCCACAGUUCGGCCACCAACCCCACCACCGACGGAUCCAAAUGCCAAGUUCGACUGGCGAAAAGCUGCAGGCGGUGGGAAUGCCACCGUUCAACCGGUAGGCAGCGCCGAUAUUCCCGAUGGUGAAGAGGAAUGUUUGAGCGGUCUUUCCUUUGUCUUCACUGGCGUCCUGCAAACAAUUGCCCGUGAGGAGGGACAGGCACUCGUGAAGCGGUAUGGUGGAAAAGUGACUGGCCAACCCAGCAGCAAAACUAGCUUCGUCGUUUUGGGCGACGAUGCUGGUCCCAGCAAACUGGCCAAGAUCAAAUCUUUUGGUAUCAGAACUAUUGAUGAGAAUGGCUUGUUCGAUUUGAUUCGCAAGCUUCCUGCCCAUGGAGGAACUGGCAAAGGAGCUCAGAAAGCGCAAGAAAAGAAAAAGGCCGACGAAGAAAAGAUCAAACAGCAGAUUGCCGAAAUGGAGGCCGAGGAGAAAGCCAAGAAAGUCGCUGAGGCGAAGGCUGCAAAGGCAGCAGCCAGUGUGCCGGGUGCAGCUCGUCCACCGCGCCCUUCUGCUACCCCGACUCAGCUUCUCACCUCAAAAUAUGCCCCUACCCAACUCAAUCACAUAUGCGGCAACAAGGGUCAAGUGGAAAAGAUCCAAGCCUGGCUAAGAAAUUGGCCAAAGGCCAAAAAGUACAAUUUCCAGAAGCGUGGCGCCGAUGGACUGGGGGGCGAGCGAGCGAUCAUUAUUUCGGGACCACCUGGCAUUGGCAAAACGACAGCCGCCCACCUGGCUGCCAAGCUUGAAGGAUAUGACGUCCUGGAAAGCAAUGCCAGUGAUGCUCGUAGCAAGAAGCUGGUCGAAACUGGCGUUAGCGAUGUUAUGAAUAACACGUCACUACUAGGCUUCUUCGCAGGUGACGGUAAAAACGUCGACACGACAAAAAAGAAGAUUGUCCUCAUCAUGGACGAGGUGGAUGGCAUGUCUGGUGGCGACAGGGGAGGUGUUGGCGCCAUGGCCAAGUUUUGCAAGAAGACAGAAGUUCCGUUGAUUCUUAUUUGCAACGAGCGACGUCUACCAAAAAUGAAGCCUUUUGACCAUGUCGCAUUCGACGUGCGAUUCAACCGGCCAACUGUAGAGCAAGUGCGGUCACGCAUCAUGACAAUCUGCCAUCGCGAAGGCUUAAAACUGCCGCCCCCCGUUGUCGAUGCCCUGAUUGAAGGCAGCAAUAAGGAUAUUAGACAAAUCAUCAACAUGAUUUCGACCGCAAAGCUGGAUCAGACGAGCAUGGAUUUCAAUCAAGGCAAAGCCAUGACCAAGGCCUGGGAAAAGCACGUCGUUCUAAAACCGUGGGACAUCUGCCAAAAGAUGCUGGGCGGCGGGCUUUUUGCCCCGGCUAGCAAGGCGACGCUGAAUGAUAAGAUCGAGCUAUACUUCAACGAUCACGACUUCAGCUUUCUGAUGAUACAGGAAAACUACCUCCGCACCAAGCCAAUGGCACUCAAUGGCAAGGGCUACAACAAACGAGAAGAAAGGCUCAAGACGCUAGAGCUGUUCGACCAGGCUGCGGAAAGUAUCAGCGACGGCGACUUGGUGGACAGAAUGAUACAUGGCCCCCAACAACAUUGGAGCCUCAUGCCAACGCACGCCAUAUUUAGCACAGUCCGUCCUGCGAGCUUUAUCGCAGGCCAACUCAUGGGUUCUAGCUUCACCUCGUAUCUCGGGAACCUCAGCAAGACUGGCAAACUCGGACGAUAUAUCCGCGAGAUCCACUCUCAUAUGCGCCUGAAGAGUUCUGGUGACCACAAUGAAAUCCGUCAACAAUAUUUGCCCGUUCUCUGGAAACAGCUCAUUGACAAGCUUCAAGAUGAGGGCUCGGAGGCGGUGCCGGAGGUUAUCGACCUGAUGGACGCAUACUACUUGACGCGUGAAGACUUUGACGCUAUUCUGGAACUUGGUGUUGGGCCAAUGGAUGAAAGUACCGUCAAAAUUGAAACCAAGGCGAAGGCGGCCUUCACACGGACAUAUAACGCUAUGAGCCAUCCAGUCCCAUUCAUGAAGGCUAGCACAAAUGUUGUCGCUCCGAAGAAAUCGGCUCAGGACGUGCCAGAUCUAGAGGAAGCAAUAGAGGAGGAAGACGACGUGGAAUUAGCAGAAGCCCCUGCCGAAGAUGACGACGCGAUCGAUUUCAAGAAAGACAAGUAUAUCAAGCAGCCCAAGGCAAAGAAGGCCACCAAGAAAUCAAAAGCAAAGGCGGAUGACGAAGAGGACGAAAAGCCCAAGGCGAAGCCCAAGGCAAAGGCCAAAGCUAAGAAAUAG